UGAUCCACGCGAGCAAGCAGCAUCGACUCAAGAAAAUCCUCUUGCUUUCGCUAGCAAUCCUCGGGGAAGAAAAAAUAAAUCCAUCAAUGGCAGCGGGAGCAUUGUCUGGCAGCAGCAUCCUCCUGGCCGCGGCGCUGGCAGCGGCCCUGCUGGUGGCGUCGGCCUCGGCGCAGUCCGGAUGCACGACCGCGCUCGUCGGGCUGUACCCGUGCAUGAACUACAUCAGCGGCAGCGACACGGCGCCCACAAAGUCCUGCUGCUCGCAGCUCGGCUCCGUGGUGCAGUCCCAGCCGCAGUGCCUCUGCAGCGCCCUCGGCGGCGACUCGUCGUCGCUGGGCGGCGUGACCAUCAACAAGACGCGCGCGCUCGAGCUCCCCAUGGCGUGCAACGUGCAGACCCCGCCGGCGAGCAGGUGCAACGGUGGAGGCAGUGCUCCUGGCGCCGCCACGCCGGAGGUGCAGACACCGGCCGGCUCGGGGUCGAAGGCGACGCCGUCGGCGUACCUGCAGGAGAACGGCGGUUCGUCUCUCCGGGGCACGGUGGGCUUGGUGUUCGUGCUGGCGGUUGCUGCGGUCUGCGCCGCGUAGUGAGUGGCCAUCAUGGCCACUGGCUGGCGACCCAGAAAUUAGCUUCUUGUGUGGCAUGAUUUGAUUUCCAUAUUGGUUUAGCAUUGAGCAUUGGCGAGGAGGGUUGGUCAGUGUUUGUGUUCCACAUCUGUAUUGGUACUGCUAGUGUUACAUCGGGCCCUUUUUAUUUCUCACCACAAAAUGGAAUAUUAUGUUCCUACUUCCUCGUUUA